AUGGAUACUAAAAUCGAGGGCGCCGAGACGGUUACCUUCGAUGACAGCCGAAACAGGGCGAUUCUGAUCGUCACUUCUGUUUUCUUCGGUAUUUCGCUAUUAAGCGUUAUCCUAAGAUGCUUCGUUCGCACACAAAUGGUUCGUGCUUGGGGCUGGGAUGAUGGAAUUAUGGUUAUAGCCAUGGCCCUCAACACGGUCUUUGUCGUUUGCGGAAUUAUCGGAUGUAAAUACGGACUCGGGAUGAAAUUGGCUUAUUUCACCGAACACCCGGACAACUUCCACCGCGCAUUACUAUUCUGGUGGAUAGGCCAACUCUUCUACGUAUUGACCUGCGUCGUCGCCAAAAUAUCCAUCAUCAUCGCCCUCCUCCGAAUCACUAUCUCUCGCAUCCACGCCUACAUCCUCUACACCGCUAUGGCGCUGGCCACUGCCGUUGGCCUCAUAUUUUUCUUCGUCACCAUUUUCCAAUGCUCCCCCGUCGACUAUUUCUGGAACCGGGCGCAGCCUAGCGCUCAUGGCUCGUGCAUGAAUAAACAUGCCCUCGCCGGCAUCGCGUACUUGUACAGUGUCGGAGCCGCUAUUACCGACUUGACUAUCGGAUUGCUUCCGGUGGCGUUGAUCUGGGACUUGCGCAUGAAUCUCCGCGCUAAGUGUGCCGUGGCCGUUAUUUUGGGUAUCGGUUGCAUUGCGAGCGCUGCGGUUAUCAUUCGUAUUCCCUACAUCACCACCUACAAAGAUCCCGAGUUCCUAUACGCCACUUACCAACUCUCUAUAUGGUCCAACGUCGAAGCCGGACUCGGCAUCACGGCGGGCUGCCUAACAACACUCCGCCCCUUGAUCCGCUUCUUCCGCGACUCCUCCUCCGAUGACCCAAGCCGCACACCAAAGUCGUUUCCCCUAUCCAACAAGCCCGCCGGCGGCUUCCACCGCUCCGCGCCAUCGAAACAGAUAUCAGGCGACGACUCGCACCAGCUCUGGACUGGCAGAGGGAGCGACGAAUACCCAGGUGUUACGACCACCAUCUCCACGAACCAACAGAAAGACAUUUCCAGCGAGGAGGACCUGGAGCUGGCUGCAUAUAGUAACGACCCCGAUGCACCCGCGUGGAAGGUUGAGAGGUCUGUUCGCGUGUCCGUGCACAAUGGAUGA